AUGAAACACCCACCCCGGUGGAGCCACAAGCUUCCACCUCCUGCCGCUCAAGGCUUGCCAGCCGGAGGGAACCGGAGCGGCCCCGGCGGCUGCCUCAGGCUGAGGAGGAGCCGCGUCCAGUCCCCAGAGCAACCGCAGCUCCGCCCUGUACACACGGUCGCCAAGGAGCCUCGGCGGAGCAUCAAGCGCAGCCCCAGGCCCGCAGCGCAGCCCCCUUCCCGGACCGUGCCCGAGCGCAGCCCCCAGCUCCGGGACCCGGGCGCAGCCCUCUCCCCGGACCGUGCCCGAGCGCAGCCCCCUCCCCGACCCUGCCCCGAGCUUAGUCCCCAGCUCCGGGACCAGAGCGCAGCCCCCGCUCCGGGGUGUCCUGCCUGCAGCGCCAUGGCCGGCCCGGAGGAGGAGGAGGGGUCCCCCGCGGAGGACGCCCCCGGCUUGGAUCCCCGCGUCCGGCUGCUCGGGGAGCGCGUGUUGCGGAGCCUGCGGCUGAAGCCGGAGCGCUGGGAGCGCUGUGUGGGUAGCCCCGAGGCGCAGCCCCUGCUGCGGGGCUUCCUGGAGGGCGCCGCGGGGCAGCCGCCGCUGCUGGUGGUGACGCUGAGCCCGGCGGGGCAGCUGGCGCUCAGCACCCAGCUCCCCGCCAGCCCCGGCCGCAGCAAGGCGCUGUUCUUCCUCCGCAGGGGUCCCGGGCCGCUGAGCGCCCCGCCCGGCCCCGGGGAACUACUCUACGGGGACCUGCCCGCCUCCUCCCUGGAGCACUUCGCCACCCUGGUGGAGGAGGUAGUAGCACCAGUCCUGGCAAACCAGAAGAAUCAUCACAGCUGGCCACAUGUGGUGUCACAGGACAUUAUGCGUCAUGUCCACAGCCUGAAAAGUAACAUUUUUGUGGUUAUUGGUCAAGUAAAAGGGAAGACCCUACUCCCCCUUCCAGCAGGCUCUGAGAGAAUGGAGUAUAUAGAUUGUGAAAAUGAAAAAACUGUGGAACUGGUGGAUAAAUCUCUCGUGCACGCCAUUGAGUCAACAGUGAUAGAGUGGAGCUACCAGAUCCAGGGAGCGUUGAAAAGAGAGUCAUCAGAGCCACUUCUGCAAGGCAGCAACCCCAAUCCAAAGGUGGAGUUAGAAUUCUGGAAAAACAGGUGCGUUGCAGGCAGCCUGGCAGUGUAUGUUUGUCAGUCAAAGCUCGUGUUACAUGGAAGGGAAAUGCUGCAAGCAGCCAGCACUACUCAGACAAGAUAUGAAGACUAAUCAGUUUAAAGUUUAUAU